CAAUGUUUCUGUUAUCGAAGAUCGUUGAUAGAUUUGCUGGGAAUACUGAAGAGUCAAAGACCGAUUCUUAUUUUAAGAAUGCAUUACAAUUGAAUAAUAAAGGGUAUGCAUUGCGUGUGCUCAGUGUUGUCCCCCACUCAUUGGCACACCAACUCGGAUUUGAAUCGUGGUUUGAUUAUAUUAUACGUAUCAAUGGGCACGAAUUGCCGAUGAUGUACCCAUCCUUGUCUCACUAUUCUUAUAGUAUCAACGAUGAUGGAUCCAUAAACUACGGAGGGGAUACUACACAAGAACAAGCCAGUAUGAUAAGUUAUGACGUUCUUCUCAAAGAAUUGGUUACUAUUGCGCAAGGAGAAGGAGGUAAAACAGCAACUUUUGAUGUAUGGAAUGCUAAAGGAGGUAUAAUAAGACUGAUUAAAGUUCCUCUAGAAAAAUUCAAUGAAAAUGCUACAUUUGAAAAUGAUCAAUCUGUUACCAAUCUAUUUGUUAAUAACAUUGAACAAAUAGGGUUAACUUUACAAUCGCAACAUUUAAAUACUGCAACAUAUGUGUGGAGGAUAUUGAAUACUCAUAAUGGGUCUCCAGCUUUCCAAGCUCAAUUGGUUCCUUACACGGAUUAUAUAAUUGGUUGUGAUUCUGCAUUCCCUGAUGAUGUUGAAGGAAAAGGUUUAUUAUCCAGAGGAGGAGAGUCAUUACUUUCAAGAACCGUUUCAAGUUAUUACAACCAUCAUUACUCAAAAAUGCAAGAAGAUAAUGUUCCAAUUACCUUAUACGUUUAUAAUCAUGAUUAUGAUAUUUUGCGUCCAGUAACGGUAAACUUAUCUAGAUCCUGGGGUACCGGCCAAAAUCGUGGUAUUUUAGGAUGUGAUGUUGGUUAUGGCUUAUUACAUCGAUUACCAGAAGUUGUUGGAAAGUUUGAUCAUAAUGAUAUAAUCGAUGAUGUGUUAUUUGAAACAGAUCAAUCGCUUCAAUAUAAUUUGGAUCAACCUUCUGAAAAUACGAUAACACCAAUGGCCGAUAGCACUGCUCCGUCAGUUUACGCACCUCCUCCAUUAUCAACCGUGCCUGCCCCAUCUAAAUACACUGGUAGGAAAAAGAAGAAGGGCACUGCCAAUUUGGAUGAAUUGAAUGAUUUCAUGAAUGAAGAAUUGGCAAAGUCAAAAGAAUCAGAUAUUAGUCAAUCAAAUAGUAAUACUCCACCUCCACCUCCUCCACCAAAGACAACAUAAAUAAAUAGUUAUA